ACUUCCGGCUCCACGGGGAAGCAAGGAGAGCGGGAGACUAGGGAGGUGGGGAUCCUGUGGGAUUGACGGCUCGGAGUCUAAGAGACGGGGCGUGACGGGGCCGGAAGGUGGCGAGAGGGAGCCGACCCGGGAGGGCCAGGCCAGAGGCCCCCAAGCUGGCUUGCCCGCCCCGGCCGCGGCUGAGGAGGAAGAGGAGGAUGAUCUCCAGAUACACUCGGAAGGCGGUGCCACAGAAUUUGGAGCUGAAAGGAAUAACAAAACAUUCUCUUAAUCAUCAUCCUCUUCCAGAGCAGCUGGACGCGAUUUCCUCUACCAAUGACAGCCAUGAAAACGACAUAAGUUCCCAAAGUGAGUCUGACAUCACACAAGAAUCACCUUUUACAUCAGCUGACACUGGGAAUUCAAGGUCUGCUUUUCCAAGUUAUACAGGCACAGGGAUCUCUACUGAAGGCAGCUCGGACUUCUCCUGGGGAUAUGGUGAACUUGAUCAAAAUGCCACUGAAAAAGUCCACGCAAUGUUCACAGCCAUUGACGAGCUCUUGUAUGAGCAGAAGUUGAGUGUACAUAUUAAAAGUCUACAAGAAGAGUGCCAACAGUGGACAUGUAGCUUUCCUCACCUCAGGAUUCUGGGUAGGCAGAUAAUCACUCCAAGUGAAGGUUAUGGACUGUAUCCUAGAUCCCCUUCUGCUGUUUCAGCUUCACAUGAGGCAACUCUGUCUCAAGAAAGAGAUUCUACUAUAUUUGGUAUUAGGGGAAAGAAGUUACAUUUUUCAUCUUCAUAUGCUCCUAAAGCAUCUUCCAUUGCCAAAUCCCCUAGCUUGUGUUCUAUGGAAAGAGAAGAGGAAGACUGUAUAAUCUUCUCGGAAGGAAUAAUAGAGGAAUACCUAGCAUUCGACCACACAGAUAUGGAAGAGGGGUUUCAUGGAAAGAAAUCAGAAGCAGCUACAGAGAAACAGAAAUUAGGGUACCCACCCAUUGCUCCAUUUUACUGCAUGAAAGAGGAUGUCCUUGCUUAUGUGUUUGACGAUGUGUGGAGCAAGGUCCUAAGCUGUAUGGAGCAGCUGACACAUAGUCACUGGGAGGGAUUUGCUUCUGAUGAUGACAGUAAUGUUGCAAUCACCAGACCAGCUUCAGAAAGCCCCUGUGUGCUGAAUGCACCACAACCUUUGGUCUUACCUCGAGUGCCACAGUCUAAGGUGCUGUCCAUCACCUCAAAUCCGAUGAGUCUCUGUCAAGCAGCAAGUGGUCAUCAGCCAAAUGUGAAUGGUCUCUUGGUUCAUGGGAUGCCUCUACAGCCAAGAAAUCUCUCCCUAAUGGACAAGCUCCUAGAUCUUGAUGACAAGCUACUUAUGAGGCCUGGGUCCAGUACCAUCCUUUCAACUCGAAAUUGGCCAAAUCGAGCCCUGGAGCUUAGUACAUCAUUCCUGUCAUAUACAGUGCAGUCCGCCAGGAGACGCAAUCCCCCACCACGUACCCUUCAUCCCAUCAGCACAAGCCAUUCACGUGCUGGAACACCAAGACCUAUGGAAGAAAUACUCAGAGGAUCCCGAGUCCCAGUGGUGGCCAACUCACUCUCCUCUCCCUCACCACUGCCCCUGAGUCGAAAUAAUCUGCUGCCACCUAUUGGCACAGCUGAAGUGGAACACUUGAGUACUGUGGGGCCACAAAGGCAAACGAAAACCCAUGGCGAUUCCAAUCGAGCUCGAAGUGCAGCGGUGGAUGAGCCUAACCAUCAGCAGCCCCACGAGAGGCUCCUUUUACCAGACUUCUUCUCCAGGCCCAACACAACUCAGUCAUUUUUGCCGGACACACAGUAUCGUCGUUCAUGUGCUACUGAGCAUCCUCAUCAGGCCCGACCUGGUAGGGGAUCUGCAGGAACAGGUCCUCAGUUACAUGGAUCUACAAAAUCUCAAAACAGAGGUGGACCUAUCACUAGAACCAGGCAGGGACCAUAG